UCCAUGUAAAGUAAAAACUAUGAUGUCUGCGAUGUUUGAGAUGUUCUGGCUAGCCAAUUGUACAUUAUAAUUUCAUAUGCCUAUUAUUUGAUGGAGGGCAUCUCAGUCGAACUUGUAAGCCUAUUAUUAUUAACCUAUGUACACAUAUCGAUUAAAGGUUGUCUAGCUCCACCAGGAUCAGGGAAACACUAUACGCUUUACAUUGCUUAAUUGGAAAAUAGCCUUUCAGGGAAAAGGCUGCUUACGUUGCGUCAUGAGUAUUUAUCACUUGUAGCUAUUGUGUCAACUACAGUAAAAAGGAAUCAUUGUGGUGGCUAUAACAUUUUUAUUUAUUUACUUACCUAUUUAUUUACUUUAUAAUUUAACUUCAAAAGCCAAUAAGUCAUUCACCCACGCUCAGCGCAAAUAUAUUAACAUUUACCGACGCAUAUGACGCCAUCAAUCCGCGCUGCUUUCUAAUAUGAAAACAACAAGAGCCAUGGAUGAGAGUGGGCUCAAUCUCGUUAAGGUGCAUGGAGGUGGAGGGUACGACUCAGACUUCAGUGACGAUGACAGCCAUGAAGGGGCAUCUCAUGGAGAGAAGAGGAAACACAGUGAUGACUCGUUGCUACGAAAGCCCUUUCAGAAGGAGAAGCGCUCAAAAGUGGCCCACAGGAAUGUUGCUGCAGAGGAGUGGGACAGGGAAGAAGCCCGAAACAGACGCCAUCACCUGAUUUCAAUGAAUGCUUUUGACAGACACAAGAAGUUUGUCAGUGAUUAUAUAUUGUAUUAUGGUGGGAAACUGGAGGAUUUCAAACGUUCAGCGCGCAAUGAUAAGUCAGACCUUGAUGUUGUGAGGGAAAACCAUCGAUUCCUGUGGCGAGAGGAGGAUGAGGAAGAAAUGACAUGGGAGAAGGAGCUUGCUAAAAAGUAUUACGAUAAGCUCUUUAAAGAAUACUGUAUAGCUGACCUAAGUAGAUACAAAGAAAAUAAGUUUGGGUUCAGAUGGAGAGUUGAAAAUGAAGUCAUUUCAGGAAAAGGCCAGUUCUCCUGUGGGAGCAAGCGCUGCGAGACACAGGAAGGCCUGAAGAGCUGGGAGGUGAAUUUCGCCUACGUGGAGCAGGGGGAGAAGAGGAACGCCCUGGUCAAACUGAGACUUUGCCCCGAGUGUUCCUACAAACUGAACUAUCAUCACAAGAGGAAGGAGGUCAAAACUAAGAGAAAACGACGGACAGACGAAAACGAAGAUGAGCAGCUAUCGAGGAAAACCAAGAAGCCUCGCCAUAAGAAAGCCAAACGCAGGCGGGAAGGGCAGUCCUCUCCUGUGAGCACAGAUGGCUCCAGUGAGUCUGACACAGGCCAAGAGUCUGAUAAGGACACAGAGGGACCCUCUGAAGGAGACCACUGGAAAGGCCCUGCCCCUUGCGUGGAGGAGAAGUCCAGGGAAGAGGAGUUUGACGAAUACUUCGAGGACAUGUUUCUUUGACCAGCCUGAAAUGCACAAAGUAUGUUGGCAGCUAAAGCCAGGAGCAGACAUCAGUACAGAGACCACCAUUCUUGCCUCUUCAACAAUAUCACUCAGAACAUGGCUGCAAAAGCUCAGUGUAUCAAACAUGUCGGAAUUUACUUGUUUACAUGAAUUUAAUAAAAAUGUCCCU